AAACAAUCAGCUUACUUCGUAUACAAAUUAUUGAAUCAUCUGAUUCUCAUACUUGUACCACUACUAGUUCUUUAACUAAAAACACACAAGAACAUAUGAUGAGUAAGUUCUUUGAUGAUAGUGAUACUGUAGCACAAUCAUCGCUUAAUACUGAAUUACAGUUGUAUGAUAGUUUGCCUUUGGUUCCCAAGUAUGAUUUGGACCACCCUGAAUAUGAAAAAGACAACCCACU